UGUACAUACACUCGCACUCAUACAUACUUGUACAUAUGUACAAUCAUUAAAACAAAGCCAACAUGGGCAUGCAGAUGUUUUGUGAUAAGAAAAUAAACUAUAUAGUGUUGAACUAAAAUAAAUACCCUUAAAAAAGAGGUGAACCAUAAAUUCGAGAUGUGACAUUGAAAACAUAUUUAAAAUAUAUGUAUAUUAGUAGCACACACGCACAUACUACAUACAUAUUUAUAGCAAUUGCUGAUACAAUCGAGUCAACUCCAAAAAGAAAUUAAUUAAUCGUCAAUCGCGAUAUUGCGCAUACGCGCACGUGUGUUCGCGUUCAAUCAUUAUCAAAAUUUACGGCCUAUGAAGUGAUGAACUACAAGUAUAUGCAAUGAUCAAAAUUCGCCCACAUCGGAAUACGUGCCAGUUUAUCGUCCUGCUGCUGGCAAUUUUGGCAAGGUUGGCAGGCGGUAGCUCUGAAGAAGCGACAAGUUUCGAUAGCACGGAGCCUGCGCAUGCGUCGAAGCUCCCUCUUAGCACCCAUAGCUGUCUUAAUUGGACGGCUGCACCAGAAGCAGCUGGUGGAAAUUGCACGCGUCUAACCGGAAAUGGUCUUCUAAGAUGCUAUGGCGGCAUGAACAAUCUGGCAGCACUGGCUAAAGCCAAGUCGGAUAAGUUGCCAGCACAACAAAUACUAUUAUGUGGCUGGCCCCAUAAUAUGUUUAAUCCUAUGAAUGAACUGCAAAAGUUUCCUGCACUGCGUACCCUAACCAUAGAGUACAGCAGCUUUACGGAGUUUAGAUUUGAUUUUCCGGAAAUGUACCAUCUGCAGACCAUCAACAUAUCCUGGACCAAUCUAUCCCAUGUAUCGGCGCGUACUUUUAAGCGCAUACAUCAUUUAAAAGUUCUAGAUCUGCGUUGGAAUCAACUAAUGCAACUGGAAAGUCCGCUUAUACUGUCCGAUACCUUUCAGGAGCUGUAUUUGGCAGGUAAUCCUUGGAACUGCACCCGUAACUUCAAAUGGCUCUUUGAAAGAGGAGAACUGGUCGCCGACCGCGAUGAGCUUCUGUGCAUGGAUCGUAAAUACAAGGAGCGGCAAAUGAUGUUGGUUGUGCAUUAUAAAGUGCUGCUGAAACGGGAGUGUGAGUCUCAUCCGCAUUUACAGAAUUGCAGUUGCCUGAUGCAUCACAUACUACCCAAGCAUAUACCGCUGUACACGGUAAACUGUUCCGGCCAGGGCCUCUAUAGUCUGCCGGACUAUUUGCCCGAGAACACUACGAUGCUGUUUGUCAACGACAACAAGAUAAGCGACAUCAAUCCGCUUCGCCAAAACCCACACUACCGGCAUGUCGUCGAUGUUCAUCUGGAUAAUAAUCGAAUUAGGUCUUUGGAUGAGUUGGAGAACACGUACUGGCUGGAACACUUUCGUCUGCUCAGCGUACGGGGUAAUCUGCUGCGCAAACUGCAAGUCUAUGCCUUGGACAAUGCGCUCGAUGACAAUGACAAUGCGAAUUUGCUGCAGCUUAGUCGAAAUCCUUGGCAUUGCACGUGCAAGUUCGGAAUGCGACUGCGCGAGCUUCUGACCAAAUAUAGGGAAAUUGUGCGGGAUGCGGCCAAUGUGAGCUGCACCUACGUCAAGGGGGAUGAGCUGCGACGCGCCAAGGUGCUGUCCCUGACGCGUCAGGACAUGUGCAAUGUGAGUACGGAGGAGACGAAAAUACAUAUAAUCGAUUGGAUCAAUGGGGUGCUGGCCAGUCUCAUUGUCUUUAUUCUGGGCAAGCUGGCAUAUGACUAUUACCAUUAUAAGUACUAUGGUCGUGUGCCUUGGAUAGUCAUGAAGCUGCCUUAAACGGUGCAGACCGGGCAACUUACUGGCAAUAUAAUCUCAAUAAGGCUGUUCUAUUACAUAUAAGGAUUCUGGAAUAAAAGUGUUAACUAAUUUUAAGUAUUUUUAAAACACGCAUAGCGGAAUUUUUCACGUUUAAUGUAUUUUUGUUUUUAAAACUAUGAAUUGGCAUAUCAAUAAAUAUAUAUAUUUAAUAGGUUUAAGCUAAAAUCAACUCAAAAGCAAAUAUAUUCCACCCUUUAAAUGAGCAGACAGUUCAAUAA